GGUUGUGAAUGAACUGGACAUCAACCCCAACAGUCUGAAGUUCUAUACCGACAGUAAGGUGGUGUUGGGGUACAUCUGUAAUGAAAUCAGGAGGUUUUAUGUAUACGUCAGCAACAGAGUGGAACGGAUAAGAAAAUCCACACGACCUGAACAGUGGCAUUAUGUUCACACAGGUCAGAACCCUGCAGAUGUUGCUACCAGGUCAGAGUCUUCAGCCUAACUCUCCGACACCAACUGGCUCACCGGCCCAGAUUUCCUGUUAAAUCUUGUGGAGACAGACAAGGCAGAGGAGACAUCCUAUGAUCUCAUCGAUCCAGAAUCUGAUCUGGAGGUCCGAUGCCACGCUAACACAGCCACAGACUCCCACCAAGGUAUUGGUUCACAUCGCUUUGAAAGGUUUUCCAAGUGGCAACCCCUUGUCAGAGCUAUGGCUUCCCUCAUCCACAUCAUUCACACCUUUAAGUCUAAGAAGAAUAGCAGCACACAAGGUUGCAAUGGUUGGCAUUACUGUUCAAAAGCCCACACAGUUGAAAUACUGUCACAAGCAAAGGCUGUCAUUAUCAGAUGUGUACAAAGGGAAGUAUACUAAACUGAGGUGUCCUGUCUAGAGAAAGGAAGGAUCAUUCCCAAAAACAGUUCCCUAAAGAAGCUCAAUCUGAUCCUUGAUGGUAAUGGACUCUUGAGAAUAGGAGGCCGGCUUCAGCAUGCUCCACUUGAGAUAGAGGAGAAACACCCUCUCAUCAUUCCUGGUCGCAGCCAUGUUGCGAGCUUACUUGUAAAUCACUACCAUGAGAGAGUUAGACAUCAAGGCAGAAUCUUCACUGAGGGAGCUAUCCGCACAGAUGGUAUCUGGAUUGUGGGAGCUAAGAGAUGCAUUGCCAGCAGUCUGCAUAGAUGUGUCACAUGUAUCAAACUCUGUGGAAAGACAGCAGAACAGAAAAUGGCAGAUCUUCCAUCUGAUCGUCUCAGCACAGAAUCCCCUUUUACAAACGUGGGUUUGGAUGUGUUUGGCCCCUGGAAUAUCUCCACUCGCCGUACCCGAGGAGGUGCAGCGAAUAGCAAAAGGUGGGCUGUAUUGUUCACAUGCCUAAGCAUACGUGCUGUUCAUAUCGAGCUGAUUGAGUCGAUGGACAUAUCGAGCUUCAUCAAUGCUCUACGACACUUCUUUGCAGUGCAUGGUCCAGUAAAGGUGAUCCGCUCUGACUGUGGGAUGAAUUUUAAGGGAGCCUGCAAAGAGCUGCAAAUCAUCCUACAAGAUGAGAAUAACAUCUCAAAGUAUCUUAAUGAGGAAGGAUGCACGUGGCUUUUCAACCCACCCCACUCUUCCCAUAUGGGGGGAGUGUGGGAAAAAAUGAUCGGGGUUUCAAGACGGAUCCUUGACUCCAUGCUUUCUCAGACUAGCUCCUCGCAUCUAACUCACAAAGUGCUUUUGACUCUUAUGGCUGAGGUUACCGCAAUAAUAAAUGCAAGGCCUCUCGCACCUAUCUCAGCUGAUGCAGAAUCACCCUUUCUUCUGACCCCAUCCACGAUCCUGACACAGAAGGUCUGCACCACUUCUCCUCCACCAGGAUCCUUUGAAAAUGCAGAUCUAUAUUGUCAGCAGUGGAAAAGAGUCCAGCAUUUGGCAAAUGCCUUUUGGGAGAGAUGGAGACGAGAAUAUCUUUCUACUCUACAGAGCCGAAGCAAGUGGCAAGACAGUCAGCCCAAUGUCAAGGAAGGAGACUUGGUGCUGCUCAGAGACUCUCAGGUGAAAAGGAACCAAUGGCCCAUGGCUCUCGUUACCAUGGCUCACCCUGAUGACGAUGGGAAGGUCAGGAAGCUUGAGCUGAAGGUUACCAAAGGAGGGACUAUUAAGGCCUUCCUCAGGCCGGAAACUGAAGUAGUGGUGCUUAUGCCAUCCUAAGCCUCUACCAUGGACAGUUCCUUGCUUAUUUUGUUACUUGGUUGUAAAUAGUUUGUAACUGACUGUAAUUAGAGAAUUGGUAGUGGUAUUGUGAUCAAUACCAGACGGGGAGUGUGAUGUUACAUGUAAGCAAAGUGUAUUUUAGUCCCUCCUAGUGGUUGCUUAAAAGAUUGCGGCCACCUAAAUUCACUUUUGUUCUCCAUUCGUUGCUUGUGAUCACAUGAUUGGACUCAUGGAUGAGACAGGCCAUUUUGUAUUGGAUAGUGGACAGCAAUGUGCUCUGAAGCCCUCUCUGUUAAAUCCAUUGCCAUCUGCCCGUGUUGAGCCUUGGAGAAACUUUGUUUUUCACAAAAAAGAGUUAUGGAAGCAUUGUAAAAUGCAAGUUGAUGAAGACAAAUAAAUAAAUGAAAUUCAACUUUAUUUCCAUGUCUAAGUCAUCACUUAACCCUUUCAGUGCCAAGUACACCUGUUUAGCUAUCUGUCACUUUGUGUACACCACACAUGCAAGGGGACAGAAUAUUCAGCUUAAACCAGCAUCUGCAGUUCCUUCCUACCAUUCCUUGUCAGGGUGAGGAAAACAAUCCAAACCUUUCACUUCCAAUUAAUAUGUACUGCAAAUUUAGGUUGAAAGUGGUGCCCAAACAAAUGAAUAUACAUCGAAAACUCCUUGACAAGACUCUCACUGAACACAAGCAGUUGGCUGAAAGAAACGUAGAGCAAACCACAAUAUAAAACCACGGAGCAGCAAUAGAUUAACAGUGUCAAGCGAGGCAGGAAGGGAUGAGUGGGAAUUUGAAGAUAAAGGAUGAGAAUAAUGACUCACAGUACAAAAUGAAGUGUUUAUUGAAUUGAAUAAAUUUUAUUAGCCAAGUAUGUAUGUUAAUCCUGGCUGAAAUUGAACAGCCGUAGUACCCACACUUUAAUAAGGACUUUUUAUUGCUAGGCCAUUUUGGUCAAGUCUGGUGUGCUCUGAAGAGAUAGGACAAGCUUCUGAAUGGUGCCAGCAAGUCUGUGGCCCAAGGAAGCCCAAUAUUUAGCAGGAUGGACAGACCUUUUUGGUACAGAAUCACAGCAUUCCUCUCAGCCCUCUCAUGUUCUUAACCCUAAGGCACCGUAUGCAGCCUGUGAACAGAGCACUUGAGUGGAGUCAACGACAUCUUCGACUCCACCCAUUAAAUUUAAACUUGAGAUGGAGACAUUGGGAAGGGAUACUCUGGCAACAAUUGUUUCAUUGGCAAAGGAUAGUGAAUUGAGUCAGGGAGCAAGGAGUAAGGUUCCUUACAAGUCGGUGCCAGAUCAACUGAAGCGAACAGUAGGAGAAGUAAAGGAAUCAUUUCUAAAACAUAGAGAUUCUUUUAGCAAAGGAGGUGGUAUUUCUGGGGGUGACAUAAUAGUGGGCUAUAGGAUAGCUGAUCCUGUUAUCGCUAAUAUCAUGGAGACAGACCAAUUUCCUGAUGAAUUGGAAAUAGAACGGAUUCCCCGUAGGCAAUUCCCUACUAAGAAGGUGCCUCCUCCCACUUUAGAUUUGGACAUAGCAGUGGGUGCAGAAACCCAGUUCAGCAACUAUGACUAAAGACACAGAUGGAAAGAGAUCUACCUCAUUUGGAGAGUAUCUAAAACUCAAUUUAUACGGACGGUACCCUGACUCUCGAGGUUUAUGGGAGGCAGUGCAGUGACUUAUUACCCCACAGGAAUAUAGGAAAUUUCUGACGAUUCUGGGAUACCCUACUCCUGAAGCCUUAAUGGAGGGGGUAAAAAGAGAGAGGGAUAGGGAAGAGACCAUUUUUGCCGCUCUUAUUAAAUCCUUCCAGGAACCCGCGAAAUUAAUACAAAGACUUGAAAUCAGAUGCAAAGAAGAGGAAGAAUUUAAG